UCACUACCAAUAUCAUGAGAGACUUGAGGGAAUGAUGGGGGAAAACCUCUGCAGUAUGCUAAUUCUAGGUUACAUUUUGUCUCAUGGAAAGCACAGAACUCUUACUUACCUUACCCUAAGUUGAUACAUGCUUUGUAUAAGUCUGAGUUAGAGAAUGACUUUAUAAUCUGAUUUCCACUAAGAAGCUCUUCUAGGUUGGCAGGUUGCCAUGGCAUCCAGACCCAAAAUGAUGGACCCCAUUUGUCUGCUGGAAAGUGUUAAGGAGCUUUCAGUGAACCAAAAAUCUCUGCAGAUUCUUGGUGAGAUUUCUUUGCCAGUGCUGGUGGUGGCCAUUGUAGGACCGUAUCAUACAGGCAAAUCCUACUUGAUGAACCAUCUUGCAGGUCAGAAUCAUGGCUUUCCUCUAGGCUCUACAAGCCUGGGGGAUGUGCGAAUGGAUGAGUCUAAGAAGGAUUCAUGGAUUUUUGCCCUGGCUGUGAUUCUGUGCAGUAGCUUUGUCUAGAACAGCAUGAGCACCAUCAACCACCAGGCCCUGGAGCAUCUGCAGUAUCCUUCCAGCUUGCAAAACAUCAGGGCAAAGUCCUCUCAAACACCUGAUAGAGUAGAAGAUUCCACAGAAUUUGUGAAUUUCUUUCCAGACUUUAUCUGGACUGUAUGGGAUUUCACCCUGGAGCUGCAGUUAUGUGGUCAGCCUAUCACAGAAGAUGAGUACUUGGAGAAUGCCCUGAAGCUGAUUCCAUGGAAGAAUCCCAAAGCCCAAACAUCCAAUCUACCCAGAGACUGCAUCAGGCAUUUAUUUCUAAGAUGGAAGUGUUUUGUCUUUGACUGGCCAACAAGGAAAAAAAAAAUUCUAGCCAAUAUUGGGAUGGUAUCUCAAGACCAACUGGAUCCUAAAUUCCAGGAGCAAACAAAAAAUUUCUGUUCUUACACCUUCAUUGAUGCAAGGACCAAGACCCUCACAGAAGGAAUCAUGGUCACUGGGAAAGGGCUGCGGACUCUGGUUGUGACCUACGUGGAUAAUAUCAAUAGCGGAGCAGUACCUCGCUUGGAGAAUGCAGUGACAACUCUGGCCCAGCUGGAGAACUCAGCUGCCAUUCAGAAGGCAGACAACCACUACAGCGAGCAGAUGGCCCAGCGAGUGAGCUUCCCCACAGACAUGCUGCAGGAGCUGCUGGAGGCGCAUGCUGCCUGUGAGAGGGAAGCCCCUGCAGUCUUCAUGGAGCACUCCUUCAAGGAAGACAAGCAGGAGUUACAGAGGAAUCUUGUUGAAAUCAUAAAGAAUAAGAAAGGGGAUUUCUUGAUGCAGAAUGAAGAGACAUCAAUCAAAUACUGCCAGACUAAACUUGAUCAGCUUUCAAAGACACUAAUAAAAAGUAUCUCAGCAGGAACUUUCUCUGUUCCUGGAGGUCAUGAACUCUACAGGAAAGCAAAGGAAAUUAUUGAAAAGGAAUAUCACCAAGUGCCCAUGAAAGGAGUGAAGGCAAAUGAGUUCCUCCAGAGGUUUCUGCAGUCCCAGGUGGCACUAGAAAUCCUGCAGGCAGAUAAAGCCCUCACUGAUGGGGAGAAGGCCAUAGCAGAAGAGUGGACCUGGAAGGAGACAGCUGAGAAGGAACAGGAGCUGCUGAAUCAGAAACUGCAGGAGCAGCAGCAGCAGGUGGAGGCUCAGAAGAGAAGUCUCCAGAAACACAUAGUCCAGAUGAUGGAGAAGCUGGUGAGAGAAAGAGAAAACCUGCUGAGAGAGCCAAACAAGAUAUUGGAGCAUCAGCUGAAGGUCCAAGAAGAUCUGUGUACUGAAGGAUUUAGAAAGAAAUGUGAGGAGAUGAGUACAGAGAUAAAUGAUUUGGGAGAGAGAAUUGUUGAUACUAAAAAUGAUGAUAGUUCCUUGCUUGUACAAGCCUUGGACAACCUUGGCAAAAGGAUCGCUUCGUUAUUGCCUGCCCCAGCUAACAUUCUUGGUAAUGUUAUGAAAGUAGUGAGCUCACUAUUUAAAAAGAAGUAGCUCUCCUUGUAAAGAAAUCAGAUAUAUAAUAUAAUAUACAUGUAUGUUCUCUGG